AUGGGCAUCACACAUCUCCAUUCUGUUGAGGACGAUGAACCAUUGACCUAUUUACGAUUUCCUCUCGUCCAAAGUAGGAUACAACGUGUUCAUUUUAUGGGUGCUUUGGUAACCAAGAUCAAAACUGCCAUCCAGAUGCAUUCUGAUCGCUCCUUGUCGGUCGUUGGAAAGGCUACAGUGCUGAACUCUCUUUUGCUGUCCAAGCUAUGGUACAUCCUGCGUGUUACGCCUUUGACUCAAGCUGAUUUCAAGCAGCUGCGCUCUCUGGCUAUUCAGUUCUUGAGAAGAAACAUCUUCCCCGUCAUCCCUUGGAAGGUGUGGACUCUACCAAAGGAAAAGGGUGGUCUCGGUGUUGUAGACAUCCAAAUACAAGCUUCGGCUUUGUAUUUUCGUUGGCUCCACCCACUACUGGUUCAAGAUCAAGAUGUCAUUGAUUCCCAUCCUGUGUCGUACCUCUUAAGCUACCACAUCCGCAAUGUCAAUGGUUAUCCCUAUCAUCAAAUCCCGCUGCUAUUUCCCUCUGCUCGGCGCACCAAGGGGUUGAAAAAGCAACGCACGGGAACUGUCGAUAUGUUAUAUCGUGCAGUUGACUACCUUCCCAAGUCGUUUGAUGCGGCUCCGAUCAAUACUGCAACUGCCAUGGCUCUUCCAUUGCAGGCGGCUUUCUAUGUUCCUCCAACCUCCUCAAUAGUUGUUCCUCUUAAAGUCAAAGCGAUGAUGGUUUCUGAUGUCUUUCAAUACGAUGCUCGGCUUAACUUUGUACACUGGAAAGACGCUCGUGACCCUUCCCUCCUCAGUUGGAAGCGAGCUCCCUCAACAGUGUUCAGAGGCCUCGCAUCUGGCACUCUUAAAUUCCAGCCCUACUUCCUCCCAGUGUGUAACCCAGCCCCUCUUGUAGAUCCUGGAGUCUCUUUUGCGCCGCUGGUGGAUCAAUUUAGUCUGCACGAUGGCCAAUCUCUUGGAUACGCUCAGGCUUCGGCCAAAACAUUUCGUCUGUCUGUACUGUCGUCGGUGGAACAACCCUUGGUCUUGCAGAAUGUCUCUGCUGCUAAUUGGAAAUGCUUUUGGUCCCUAUCUCUUAUCUACAUUCAACGUAAUGUGAUAUACCGGUUCAUCGCAGGCUGUAUCCCUUCUAGAAGCAGAUUACACUACAUGAUGCCUGCAGUCUUCGAGUCUCACAAUUGUCCUGUCUGCUUGUCUCCCAAUGAAACCGCCAGCCACCUGCUCUUUGACUGUACAUCCAAAGUAAAGGUAUGGCAAGUCGUCAUUUUCGAAUUCCUUUGGCCCACCUCGACUAUCACUGACAUCAAAGAGGCUCUUCUGUCCCUGGACUUUUCGGAUAUCUGGUACUCCAAAGUCAAAGGCAUCCGUCCAUACAGAGCCCUACUCAUCACCCUGUCUCAAAUAUGGCUAGCCCAUAUGCGCUUUGUGUUUGACAACAUCAUCUUUGUCCCUGAGGCGAUUCUGGAGAAUAUCCCUUCCACUGUUCGCCAGACAGUGGAAGAGGACCAAAUCCAUUCCCUCUUGUAG